AUGGACAAUGAUUUUCAACUCUUCUCUCCCCGCCGCCACUCGGGUGGGGAUGAAACUCAUUCACAGUCAGAGAAUCCCACCCAAGACUGGACCCAAUGGAUGCGAUGGGACGAGCCCAUGUUCACCGACGGCGACCUGAAGCAGAUGGACCGAGGAUUGGAUCUCCCCUUUGUUUCCCCACAGACCACGUCCAGCUCUCCAAGUCAGAUUCAAUCGACGGACUUUUCUCCAAAUCUCCCACUCGGCCUUAUGGAGAUACCAUCCGGUCAUCACAAUAGGUCAAAUCAUAACAGCAACACCAACGGCCCACAUUCCUCGACCACCCCGGGCCAUCAGCAAUUAGGCCUAGCAUCUCCCAUCUCCAGUAUCGGCACAAGCCGAAAGCGAAAGACCGGCAGUGAUGACGACGCCACCACUGUUACUGGUCCUGUACAGUCCGGCAAAAAGAUGCCCGCAAAGAAGCGGGCUCACAACGUCAUUGAGAAACGGUAUCGUGCCAACCUCAACGAGAAAAUCGCAGAGUUACGUGAUAGUGUGCCCAGCCUUCGAGCAGCAAGAAAUGCCAACGGCGACUCCAAUGAGGAUGAUGAAGAUGCCGACGGUGCCACUCCUGCAAACAAACUGAACAAAGCUUCCAUUCUCUCCAAAGCAACCGAGUACAUCAAACACCUUGAAAUCCGGAACAAACGCCUGGAGGAUGAGAAUACAGCUCUAAAGAACCGGCUCCGCCAGGUGGAUAAGGCAGCCGAUCAGGCGGUUACUUCAAGUGCGUCUGUAUCUUCCCCGAGCAACUAUACAGCUUCCAGCGAUCCCGGUACCUCGCCUAGUGUGUUCUCAAACCCGGAAGAGAUCAAUGAACCCUCCCCAGCUUCAACAACACCACCAGAAGGCAUGAUAAAGGUCCCCGAUGCCUUUAGGCGCAUGCGAGAGGAGGGUGCAAAGAGUGGAGGAAUUUUCUCCCAGUCAUAUAUACAGUCUACACCCCGAGCUUCCGAUUAUGGUCGCGAGGAGGGUUCACGCCGACGGUCGAAGAUGCCUAACAAGUACAUGCUGGGUGCACUGGCUGGUCUUAUGGUUCUGGAGGGCUUCGGGUCAGACAAGUCCGAGACCGAGCAGAAGGGACUCCUUGCAGUCCCUCUUAAUCUGCUCAAUCGCCUACGGAUGUCCAAUAUUCCGUACCUUGAGUAUUAUAUGAGGAGUUUCUGGUCUUCUUGGCACACGCGAGCUAUCUUCCAUGUUCUUCUCCUUGCUACUCUGGUAGUCGGAAGUGCUUUUAUUGUGUUCGUUUAUUUGUUCAACGCCCAGCCUAUUACCCAUCGCACACAUGGAAAGGCCGUUGCCGAGGGCAAAAAUGCACCGUCCUCAUCAAGCGACUUCCGCCGUCAGGCCUGGCUUACAAGCAUGCAACGGGUUGGAGUUCCGCGUCACAGAUUCUUCCGUGAGUGGUAUGUGGUAACAUCGAGAUGCUUCGAGUACGUCCUGCGAUGCAUUAUGGGGUGGAAACUUUACUCGUGGGCGACGGGUAUCACAGAGGAAGAUGAGAAAGGCCGUGUUAAAACUUGGGACAUUGCCAUCGAUGCCCAGCUUACGGGUGGCGACAUUGAAAUCAGCAAGAGUCGUCUUGUGCUUACAAUUUUCGCUGCCGGUACCCUUCCUCGAAGCCCCAUGAGGAUGAUGCUCAAGGCUUUGCACGUUCGCAUUCUUUUAUGGCGUGUUGGCGAGCCCGGGUCAUGGACCUUCCACGUCUCUAACGACAUUGCCCGCGCUCUAGCUAAAUAUCAGUGGGCGGUUGCCAGGGACAUCAACGAUGCUUUACCCGAGGGCCACCCUGAUCAACUUCCCAAUCACCUGGCUUCCCUCAUCAAGCUUGAUUGCGAAGAUGUGAUGAUCGACAGUAUUAUCCAGCGUGCAGUCAAUCUCACCUGGAACAGACCAACACAAGAAGGCACUUCUGACGACGAAGUGCUGCUCGAUGUUGUGGAAGAAGACCCUGCCAUUCAGUGCUCCGUCGAUGCUCUCGCUGCCUGGUGGUCCAGUCACCUCCUUCAGAAUGCGCUCCUAAAAUACCUGGAGGCUAGCGAAGGUGUCCCAGCCUCCAAAGUGAGCCGUGACUGCUUCAAGGAGAAGAUUCGUAUGGCCCUCGAUGUGGCUCCUCGACUCUCCGCGGCUUAUACUCGUGCGCUUGUCAUGAAGGCAGUCUUUUUUGAGCAAGAUCGAGUACAGAAUGUCAAUGCUGUUCUUGCUGCUCUACCAAAGGACAAAUGCAAAGACGACGAGAACCACGCCGCCAACUUCCUUGAUUCGUCACUGCCCGUUUCUGUUCGCGAUGAAAUUUCUGUUGCCGUACGCUGUGCAAUGAUUGCGACGAUCGUCACCUCUCGUUCUGCGGGCGAGACAUGUCUUCCUCCGUCAUUCACAAACCAUAAGGCGAUCAACUGGUUCAAUCAGCUUCCGAUCGACCCAGUCGAGCUGAGCCUGCUCGGAUUCUCCGCCGUCUAUCACCUUCUGCAUCUGUUGGCCUCUGAUGUCGACUACAUCGCCUCGUCCGACUCCUCCGCCCCAUCUUCACCGGUCUCCGAGGCUGGUUCCUCUGCAGGUGACGAGGCGGAGGAAAAACCUCGUCCCGCGGGGCGCAAGAUUGCCAUCUGUCCUCGCGACAUCCCAAACCUGGGUCGUGUGGCAGCGGAGCUCAUCUACUGGGCCCGUAAUGCCUACAAUCCAGCCUUCUAUGGUUUCUCAUCCAGUCUUGUCGAUGUGAUUGUCAAGUCCUGCACAACACUCUGCUCCGAAGCUGGCAUCAACGUGGAUGAUUACCUAGAACUCGCACCCGAGCCUCUCCCAUCCCGGAGACGGCGCCACCGGCGUCGCCGCGGAGGGUCCGAUCAGUCUCUUAAGAGCGACGCAGACCAUGAAGCGACCGAUCCACGUAUAGGGAAGCCCCUUCAGCGCGAACGGUCCGCGAGCAAUGACACUGGAUACGGCAGCCUCAGUCUGGAGGAGAACCAGUUUGCUGCCAAGGUACCUGAAAAGGUGCUAGAAUGUCCGAAUUAG